GCCGCUGCAGUGACACCCGCUCCGCUGCUAGCUUCACCAGUCGAGCUCAGAGAAAGAACUAGGAAACAGGGGCUGCACAAUUAACUACAGCAACUUACCAACAAGGGGAGGCGGCGAACAGGGAAAACAAAGCAGGUUUUGUUCCGAGGAGCACCUGAGUUGCCUUUUGCUGUCUUGACAAGUCGGGGGACAUUAGUGAAGACGCCGUUUACAAGUCUCAUCUCAGCAGUGCCGCCAUCUUCACAGGCCCUGAUCCAGUUUCACCUUUCGUUGCUCAGGUGGACAGUCCGCUGCCUGGUUGCUCGUGGUAACUCUCCGCCAUGCCUUUCCCCUUUGGCAAGUCCCACAAGUCGCCGGCGGACAUCGUCAAAAACCUUAAGGACAGCAUGACGGUGCUCGAGAAGCACGACAUUUCGGACAAAAAGGCCGAGAAGGCCACAGAGGAGGUGUCAAAAAGCCUGGUGGCGAUGAAGGAGAUCCUUUAUGGGACUAAUGAGAAAGAGCCCCAAACAGAAGCAGUGGCCCAGCUAGCCCAGGAGCUCUACAACAGUGGCUUGCUCAGCACCCUCAUAGCGGACCUGCAGCUCAUCGACUUUGAGGGUAAAAAAGAUGUGGCUCAGAUCUUCAACAACAUCCUGAGGCGUCAGAUUGGCACUCGGACGCCGACAGUGGAGUACCUCUGCACCCAGCAGAAUAUCCUCUUCAUGUUGCUUAAAGGGUAUGAGUCCCCAGAGAUUGCCCUAAACUGCGGUAUCAUGUUGAGGGAGUGCAUCAGACAUGAACCGCUGGCCAAAAUCACGCUGUGGUCAGAGCAGUUUUACGACUUCUUCAGAUAUGUGGAGAUGUCUACUUUCGACAUUGCCUCAGAUGCAUUUGCCACUUUCAAAGACCUCCUCACAAGACACAAGCUACUGAGUGCAGAGUUUCUGGAGCAACAUUAUGACAGAUUCUUUAGUGAAUAUGAGAAGUUACUCCACUCAGAAAACUACGUGACUAAAAGGCAGUCCCUCAAGUUACUGGGGGAGUUGCUUCUUGACCGGCACAAUUUCACCAUAAUGACGAAAUACAUCAGCAAGCCAGAGAAUCUCAAAUUAAUGAUGAACCUUCUACGGGACAAGAGCCGCAACAUCCAGUUUGAGGCUUUCCAUGUUUUUAAGGUGUUUGUGGCCAACCCCAACAAGACGCAGCCCAUCCUGGACAUCCUGCUGAAGAACCAAACCAAACUCAUUGAGUUUCUCAGCAAGUUCCAGAACGACAGAACGGAGGACGAACAGUUCAAUGACGAAAAGACUUACCUGGUCAAACAGAUCAGGGACCUCAAGCGGCCUGCCCCCCAGGAGGCCUGAGGCAGGGUGCAGAGGUAGGGGGAGGAGCCACCAGGACCAUGUCUGGACAACACCCAGACAACGUCUGCUUAACGGACCCAUCAGCAGCUGCUGUUCUGGUUUCUGAACAAAAAUUGAGGAAACAAACGAAAAACCAACGUACCCAUAUCAACUCAUCAGGACGUCCCCAGCUCCUCUGCUCCUCAGUGAACAUUUGAUUACUUCUUUUUUCUUUUUCAGUCUUUUUCCUUCAAAAGAAAUAAGAGAAAAUAAUAGAUGCUGCUGCUUUCUUGCACAUUGAGACAUGUUAGGUAUAUUAUAAUGACACAACAGUCCAUCAAACAUAGUAACAGAAAAUGUUGGUGCAUUCAAAGUAAGGCAGACUUCCUGAUAGAAACACACACACACACACACACACACACACACACACACACACCAAGGAACAAAAGUAGACACGUUUACACGCAGAUAUCUAUUACAUAAAAAACAUGCAUACACACAUACUGCAAGAAUAUCAGCUAAAAACCUUGUGAUGGAAAUGGUACGAGCAAGUUGAACAUUGGUGUGUUGGUUGCAUGCCUUGAAAUGUGACAGAUCCAUGGCUGUACCCAGCGUCGGCUCUGUGAUGGCCUGCCCAGUCUGGCUCCCAUGUUCAGUGCCACAGACUCGGAAUUGCACGUGCAUCACAGCAACUGCUACAAGUUCGUAUCUAUGCCUUCAUCCAAAACAGCAAACAGUGGUUCAUUUUAGCCAUUCAUGGGGACGAGCUCUCAGAUGCCAUCACACAGAACCAUUUACCUCCUGUGUGCUUUGUUACGACACAGCACUUGAAGCACAUGAGGGAAGGAGGGAUGUAAGGCAUGAAUUUGGUAAAGCCCGAGAGUUGGGUCUCUUUUUUUGUUUUCUGGGACAGGGUGAACAUGUACAUAUGCCUUUUUUUUUUGCUUUGUAGAUUUUUGUUUAACCUUGACAUAUGAAUAUAUAUUAUAUAUAUAUUACCUUAAACCUCAUGUUUUUGGUUAAUUGUAAUCAAAUUACUUUCUAAAACCAUAGAAGAAACAACAAACAAGUUAAGUGACAUUGUUUUUGCAUUUCAUUUUACUGCUGAAAUGGUUGCUGUUGGGUUUCUUUGUACAUAACUUAAAGGGCCAGCUCACAUUUAGCUAACCUAUAGGACAUUAACAAUUUGUACAGCGGAGGAAUGUCAUGGUAUUAGCUCUGGAUCUGUUAAUCCUCUUUUUAUUCUCCAUGUACAUUUUGAGUAUCUCUCAGACUGCUGAAAAUGUGCCGGAGUGGAGGGAGGUAGGGAGGGGAUUGGAAGAGCAUUAACUGAAACAUUAAAGCCUGUGUGUUUGUGCGCUUUGUGAGGUGCUGAGCGAUCAACAUCACCUAACUGGAGUCGAGGAUAGCGCCCCCCCAAAACUCCUCAAUUUCAUUAACUUGUUUUUCCUCAUUCUCACCACUCUGCUAGAGGCCUGGGAGUGCUGUGUGGCCCCACAGUGAGUGUGCUUCAGGGGUGAGCUCAUUAGGACAUUGGCAACUCAGCGCACCAUUCUUACUUUUCCCCCUUCCUCAUGUUCGAGCCUUUCUCCUCAGAGGGUUUAUAAUUCCAGUACAAUUGUGAGUGUAAAGCAUUGUGGGUAGCAGAGUACUUAGGGCAUGUUGGAUUGUCCUCAUGGUGCUGAGCAAAACUGAUGAAACCGCAGAUUUGUUAAUUUACAGUGAAUGAAAUGGUCCAUGUAAUAAAACCAAGAGGCAAAUAAGAAACCAUCUCAGUGCAGAUUAACAGCACUAAUCGGAUAUCUGACAGUUCCUCCAUUCGCAUUGAACAUGCAUGUUCCUCCACUGGCUGUGCAUGAUGCUGUACUAAAGAUGUUGUACUGGAAUUGUUUCUUUUUUCCAAGUAUUUAACAACAUUGAAAUGUUAAAUUGAACGCUUGGCUGUAUGCUGACUUUGACUCCAGUUUCAGCAUAGAGCGUGUGGGUGCUUUCAGAAGUGUCAAAGGCCUGGGCCCUACAAUUGAAAUAAAGAAAAAAAAACAUUUGGAAUAAAAAA